UAGAAGCCAUUGACGUCAAAGUGGAAUUUGCUUAUUUCUGCUUGAGCUGAAUGUGCACUAACAUAGAGGUGCCUGGUCCAUGUUGAAAAAUAUUCAGUCCUUCAGUCAGGAUAAUAUUGAAGACAUGAGCAGAUACUGUGCUGCUGUUUUACUCUUCCUCAUUCAACUUGGUGAUUGCUGUCCUGAACUAUGUCAGUGCUUCACAGCUGCAAAGGUAAUUUGUUCAGAUGACACAAUGCGAGUUUUACCUGUCAAUAUCUCUGCACAAGUGAAAGAAUUGAUUGUAGUGGCAUCUGGCCUGACAUACAUGGACAGAAGUUCUUUUCGAGAAGACCUCAGACUUACCAAGCUCGUCAUUCUCAACAACUUGUUGAAAACGAUUUCAUACAAUACCUUUGAAAACUUGGUUGAGCUACAGGAGCUCGAAAUCAGCGGAAACAGUCAUUUGUUGACUUUUAAAAUGCAAACCUUCAACAAGUUGACUAACCUUUCAAGGCUUUCCCUCAACAACAAUAAGAUUUCUCUGGAUAAUGACAUUUUUGACCCUUUGCAGAAGCUGGAAACAUUACAGUUGAGGGGGAAUAAUUUAUCAUCUCUGCCCAAUCUUCUUUUUCAUAAUCUUCACAAUCUUCUGGAACUCGACUUAUCCCUCAACCAUGUGAGCUCUCUGUCAGCUGACAUAUUUCAAAACAACUCUCGUUUGCGAGUGCUCUCCCUGCAAGGCAAUAUGAUCUCACAGCUUCCAGAAGGAAUCUUCUCCCACCUUGAUGCCUUGGAAGACCUGAAUCUCCGAAACAAUCACAUAAUAAAUCUGAAUCCUGGAGUGUUCCCAUCCAAUCUCCAGAAACUCAUCCUUAAAAAUAACAUGCUGGUCCAACUAUCCCCAAUGAUUUUUGACAAACUGCAACAGCUUACUUAUCUGGACUUGUCUCAGAAUCAGCUCUCAGAACUUCCUUCAGAUCUCUUCCAGAACCUUUCAUCACUGAAGAACCUUGAUCUAUCGGAGAACCAGAUUACUGCAUUACCUGGCACUGUUUUCAAAGGACUCGUUAAAAUAAAGGCCAUCCAUUUACAGAAAAAUAAUCUGAGCUCACUCAAAGUAAACUUGUUUAUGGAUCAGCAAGAUAUGGACCAGUUGUACUUAUCCAAGAACAGUCUGCAAAAUAUACCGAAUGGCUUUUUUGAUUACCUUAAUUUCCACUGCAUAGUUCAACUCCAUGGAAAUCCCUGGCGGUGUGACUGUGAAAUACAAUAUUUACAUCACUGGCUGAGGUAUAACCAUGAAAAUGUGGAGGAUCUGAGUAGAGUUUACUGCAAAGCCCCUGAGUUCAUUAGGGGGCAAAACCUACUUUCCAUUGAUCAGGAACAGCUUGUUUGUGUGAAAAAUUCCAGCUCUAUUACCCCUGGUGUUACAAAGAUACUCCCCAACAGCAAUAAUGACAGCACAAUUCAGUGCUCGCUCCAAGAACUAAAAGGUGCAAUAUCCAUUCAGUGCAAAGUCACUAAAUGCACCAGUGUGAAGUUUCAGGCCCUUUUUGAACAUUCAGAUGGAAAUUAUUCAAAAUAUAUAGAGAGCAUAGUGUGGUCAGCGCCCCUUGGAUGCUUCAACGGGACUGCUUAGGCAAAAACAUUCACCCUUGAGUGUUUUCAAUUCACAGCAUAUAAGGAACUUUUUGCUGUAAAGUGUAAACAAUUGACAAUAAACUAUCUUCACAAUA